AUGGAAGAACUCGCCAGAACAGCAAUCAGUAAGGUGACCACGAACGAUUCACUAUUAGGGUCGCUGGAAGGGUUAGAAAACAUCAUCCUGGAAGCUUUUUACCACACAGACUCUGGUGAUAUCCGGCAGGCUUGGNUGACUCUGCGCCGCGCCGUCAUGGCUGCGCAGCUGCUAGGACUACACCGACGUGGUCAUUAUCGAUACAAUAUCAUUGGUGAUCGCCAUGUUAUCGACCCUGAGACCAUCUGGAGCAGUAUUGUGUAUAUGGAGCGAGUCGUGUCUUUGCUAUCUGGACUGCCUACUAGCACAGAUAAUAUGGUCCUGGCCCGACAGGAAGACACAGUCAACGCUAUCAACGACUCGAGUCUGCUCACCAAUCUCGGAAAUGUAGCUGGGAAGAUACUUCAGCGGAAUCAGAUCGAAUUACCACAGCAAGCUCUGAAUAUCACAAAAGGCAUAGACGAUGAACUUCUCAAAAUCGCCGAAAACUUGUCACCAACAUUCUGGCGACCACCAGAGUUUUCAGGACUUACGCAAGAUUCUCUGCAGGCCUUCAACGAGAUCAGACGUGUCUUCGACCACAGCUCUUACUAUACCUUGAUCAUCCAGCUCCAUACGCCUCAUAUGCUAUGUCCAAGUCAUCCCACGCAGAGGAUUUACUCAAAGAUGGCUUGUGUCAAUGCUAGCCGCGAAAUCCUGACGCGGCAGAUUGCGUUACGCAGUUUCAACCUCGUCACAGCUUGUUGUCGUAUGAACGACUUCAUGGCGCUAAUCGCUGGUAUGACGUUGAUGCUAGCACACGCUACAAGUCACUGCGAUAAAUCAGAAGGAAACGUGCUGGCACAUCAGCGGCUAGGUGACCGAGCCAUGGUGCAGAGAGCUCUAGACUGCAUGACUUUCAUUUCUGAGCUUCAAAAGGACCAGCUUGCAGUGAGGUGCGCUUCUAUGCUCAAAGACUUGCUAAUGAUCGAAGAGGGCGCUGCCCGAAAACAGAGCCAGGAUGGGCUCGAAACCGAGGAUGGCAACGAUAUGUUGAUCAUAGGAGCGCCAUUUUUUAGUGGUAUGAGAAUAUCUCGAGGAGGCAUCGCAGCCGUGGUUCCUUCUAGGAACCAGAACCAAGGUCUCUCAGGAGCCAUCAACAUUGGUGGGAUUGGAUCAAUCCGUGUCAACACACCGAGCUCAAGUAAUCUCACUACCGCGGACAACGCAAGUUGUCCAACUAUUUCACAAUCACUACAACAACACCAGCACGAUUUCCUCAUCCAACCGGACCAGAACCUAUCGGAUGUCACCUUUGACGAUUGGUCCGUUUUGGGGGUGGACACAGCAUUCUUCGAAAGUUUGAUGCAAGGAAGUGAGAGCAUCUCGCUCAACAUGUCCAACACGGUUUGA